GUCGGUCCUCUGUUUUGCAUGCAGAUGAGCCUACGUGUACGUGAUGCGAAUGAUUUUGGCCUCUUGGGAACUCAUGUAGCACCGCUACGACCACUCAAACUCUCACGCCACCUUUUGGCGCAAUGAGCAAGGUAAAACGAAAGUGCACUAGGCCUAUAGGGGAAGUGAAGAGUUGUUUUUGUUAUUGCCAAAAAUCAUCGCUAACGCCUUGUUCUCGGACCUGAGUCGGGAGCUUUUCCACCACUGCCAGCCUGGCAUUAGAAACUUGCAUUUGACACUUGUGCGUCAUCCGCUACAGUUGUGAGCGGGUCCGGCGACUUCAGACCUGGAUGUAGCGCUCAAGUAACUUUGUUAGUUCGGAAGCGCCGAUGCGCUGGAGCGUUGUUGGAGCAGCAGAGACAACACUGGCCCGUCCGCGGACAUGCCAUGCAAGCUGCCAGUGCUGCGGAUGUGAUGUUACGGCGCGUAGGUGCCUGUUUCGUGGCUAAUUGCGGACGGCAACUGCGGCGUAGAUGGCUAUUGAUCAUGGCAUUCAUUGGCAUAAUGUGUAAUGAUGCAGCCACAGUGACGCCAGUGGAUCAGGCUGGACACCGCCAUGCCAUUGACCAUCAGAAUGUAUUGCAAGUAUGCCCAGGCGUUGGCCUGAUUCUGCGCAACGCCAAUGUAGAAGACUGGCCAGGAUGUGAGGAGCUGGACAUCAUAUUGUCUGAUAUCUCCUCAGAACACGGUCCUGUUCUUGCAAGAGCUAAUGCUGACACACUUUGCGCAGUGAUGAAUUCCACAGCAUCCCCAAUCACUGACAAUGCCCUGAGUGGUUGCACAGCAGAAAACUGCAUGGUGUUUAACCUGAACCACACUCAGUUACCAUGGUUACAGACAGACGUCUACAACACUGCUGAUGAUGACGUCAUGUUUGUGAUGAUUGGAUGUCAAGCAACGCACACAGAUGCAGUGCCCAAUGCAUCUAUAACCAUACUUCAGGUACACAACUCGACUUGGCCCUGCAGACUGGACAGCCUGUGCAGAGCUUGGCAUGGCUCGAGACGUGCAGCAUGUUCGAAUGACAGUAUUCCCAUCGCAGCGGAUGACCAAGGUUAUGUCGCCCGCAAGAAACUACCUAUCUAUGGACUCUCGGUUGCACUUGCUUUCAUAACCAUCAGCUUCUUCUGCUACCUUAUAUUUAGCAAGCUGCGCCAGGAGUCCAGCAACGUGAUGUUCUUGCACCAGUGCGCGGCAAUCUCACUGCUCGUCGUCAUGGAGAUUGUGCGUAUUGAGGUGGAGAGGACGAUCCUCUCGUGCACGCUCGUCGGCGUCGCGAUAGAGUUCUCCCUGCUGGUGAUAUUUGCAUGGUCGACAGCGCAGGCUGUGUACCUACACAGGCAUAUCGCCAGCGCACACAAGCCAGAGAUUCAACGCUAUGUGGUGAAGGCAUGUGCACCUUGCUAUGGAUUGCCAGCGUUGAUUACGUUCCUAUCCCCAGCCAUAUACAAGUUCGACAUGGGGACCCUAGAUGAUCCAACAGAAGGUGCACCGCUCGCUUGCCAUACAGGAUUAACUGUCAGUGGCAUAUUUGGCAUAAUCGUGCCGCUGAUGCUGGAGGUGCUGGUCAACUCUGUCCUGUUCUUCCACAUCAUGUACAUUGCCUGGAAGCAGUCUGCCAAAGGCAGGCCAAACGCAAACACAACACCUGGAGAUCAUGAUUUUAGAAAGUACCUCCAUUAUGCACGUGUGUCAGGGUCCAUCUUCCUUCUCGUGGGAUUCACGUGGAUAGCAGGAGGUAUCGCUAUUUUCGUUGACAUAACCACAACUGACAUUGUCUUGAUGGCGGAGUUACUUAUUUGGGGAACCUUCAUUUUCCUAACCAAACUUCCACUGGACCGGAAAGUCAGGGACAUGGUGAAAAAACGCUGGAGAAGAUGGAAAGGAAUCUAUAUGCCAUCAACUCUGAUUGUGCAUUUCUCUACUCCCUGCGACUCUACACCUGGACGCCCAUAACCAAUACGUUUACCAUUUGGCUUGCCACGCCUCAGCCUACAUGUACAUGUACAUGGGAUAGAUUUAGGUUUUUGUAUUGUUUAUCUCGUAUAUUAUUUUAAUUUAACUAGAUCCGAGUUGACGGAGAGAGAGAGAGAGAGAGAGAUAGAGAGAGAGAGAGAGAGAGAGAGUGUGUGUGUGUGUGUGUGUGUGUGUGUGUGUGUGUGUGUGUGUGUGUGUGUUAUCUGGCGCAAGUCUUGAUUUGUCUCAUUCAGAUCUUGUUCGCUAUCGUUGCUAUAAGAGAAAAUCUGUGGGUGCACAUCCAGUGCAUUUGCAGAUUUGCGUGCUUCUCUUGCGACGGGCGUAUACAUGGUACAUGGUGUGUGUGUGUGCGUGUGCGUGUGUGUGUGUGCGUGUGUGUGAGAGAGAGAGAGAGACAGAUAGUGAGGGAGACAGAGAAAGAGAGAGAGAGAGAGAGAGAGAGAGAGAGAGAGAGAGAGAGAGAUACAUAGUUAUAUCUCUCAUUCUCAUCAUGUACCGUAGACACCUGUAGGGGGCACUCAAAGCCACCCGCUAAGUCAAACAGCAUCCCGACCUCCUAAUGCUGUAUUUUGGACUCAAGUUUCGUGUUAAAGGACUCUCUGUGAAAGUUAGCCUCCUUUUCCUGUGCCUUUUGCUCAGUACUAGCAUCUACAUGAAUUUGUCAUCUUGUGUUGCAGUUCUUCGUUCUCCUCACUCUACGGUAUGAAAAAGAGUAAAAUGAUGAUCGUGUCCGUUCCGGAAGGGUAUUCACGACGGCGGCUAACACCCGGUAUU